AAAACCGAUGUAAAUGCACAAAACCGCAAAAUAUCUGUAUAUUAUCGGUGGAUGUGCCCUGGCGGCCGAACGGGAACCAAUUCGACAAAUCGAGAGAAUCCACGUGGAAAAAGCCGGCGAUUCCGUGAACGUGAUCUCUGAAAAUUGUGGGCAAUUAACGAUUGCAAGACGAUCUCCCGCGUGCUUUUUGGCUGGAAACCAACGAAUUUUGGUCGCCGGAGGAUGUUCGGCUCCGAAUGAGCAUACGGAUUCAAUGGAAAUGCUCGAGAUUUCGGAAAUUGGAGAGAUUCGAUCGAUUUUUUUGGAUGAAAAGUUGGAGAUUGGCGCGAGUUGUUCAGGAUUCGAUUGGGAUACUCAUUCGGCUGGCACCGUGUCGUUGUUGAUUCUCGCGAAAUAGCUUGGGACCAUGGUUGAGUGACCGCAUCGGAUUCUGGCUAGCUCCACUCUUGUUCCUCGCUGCAAGGAGCUUUCCUCACGUGGAAACUUGUCGAGAAAUGUCGCGAAGUUACGUCACAAACUGUAUUGAAAUACAUGUUAUAGAAGAUACUUGAAUAAGGCAAAAAGUGUAUUGAAAUACACUUUUUAAUUUCACGACACUACUUGAAUAACCCCAUUAGUUAUUUUUUGUUGUUGUUAAAAUCAAGAGCAGGCAAUUUUAGUUAAAACCAAAACUCACUCAUCUACGAAAUUCAGCUUGUCCAUAAUUUUCAUAGUAAUAUCGAUUGGUAUGUCAGAAAGCUCCUUGCUGGGACGUUUGCUGAAAAAAAAAUUUUUUGGGAAUUAUUUCAGCUAGAAUUGAAAAACCCACUAGCUUGUCGAAUCGAAAUUUCCGUUAUAAAAUCGAUUAUACCAAAAUGCGAACUCGCGGAAUUCGACGACAUCACCGGCAUGUUCACACAGAUUUUUGUACGAUUCGAGACACGGCUUUCCUUUGCGAAACUCUUUUAAAAUCAGAUCAGAUGUCCAUUUUUCGUGGUAGUAACUGAAAUUAUAAUUUAAAUUAUUGACUUUAAAAUAAACGGAGUCGUCUCAGUAAAGCGCGAUUGCAUUUCUCAUAAACGUUCUUGUGGGAAAUGUAAAUUUAAUUCGUUUUGCCACUUUUCCACGUGAAAAUAGCGAUUUUUCAGUCCGAAAAGCCAAUUUUUGGAGGAUUUGAAGCCCAUUCAUGUCUUGAUGAUGUUCAAGUGCUAAAUAACAGCGGAACUAUGUGGAAAUGCAGAAAACUCGCGAAAAAAUCGCCAAAAAUUAAGAAUUCCACGAUUUUAGAGGUUAAAAAUGGCGAAUUUCUGAUGUUUGGCGGGUGGGAAGACGAACAGAGGACGAGCAAGGCGAUUCGGAGGUCACACAUGUAUUCAAAUCGAUUCCAGUGUUUUUCUAAUCGGCGGAUUUGACGGAUGUUUUGUGCUCGAUUCCAUCAUAAAAUAUGACUUAAAAACCGGAAAAUCCGAAGUUCUCGACACGAAACUACGUGGAAAACGUGAAAACCACGUGGCAUGUGUGCUCGGCGACACGUGGCUCGUCGUGGCUGGCGGAUGGAACUCCCGACAAGCACUUGAUGAUGUGGAAGUUUUUGAAAUUCGGAAAAUCGGUGGAAAAAUCGAGCUGGCACCGUGCCAAGUCGCUGGAAAAUUGAAUUUUGCGAGAAAUCGACCGAGUGCGGUGGUUAUUUAAGGGUUUUUAAAAUGUUUGUUAUCAUAUUAUAAUUUUACUGAUAAACUGUAUUUU